AUGAAACAGACAAAAAUUUUCCAAUAUUUUACUACUCAAAAAGCAGAAGAUAACACAAGUUCUCAUACAGAUGAACUAGAAGAUAUGGAAGUAGAAUUUGAUUCAAUUCUGCAACAAAAUGAGCCUCAGCUAGAAGAUCUGAGUAUAAAAAAUGAAAUUAACGAUUCCAGUGGUGCUGUGUUGGGAGGGAAGAAAGCAGAAAGUAGUUAUGAGGCUAAUAAUCCUCCUACAACUGAUUUGUUGACAUCAUCAGCAAAUAACUUGUCAUCUUCAUCUGACAUCCAUUUGAACUCUGUGACAACAUCCAAAAAUAGAUCUGCUAGGAAACACCGUACUAAAGAUCGUGCAAAAAUUUUAAAGAAUGUUCAAGAUUUGCAACAGAAACCUUUUCCAAUAGACAGAGAAAAGUUGAAAAUAUUUCAAAAUGUUGAAAAACCGAAUUUGCCGCCUAUGAAGGAGACCUCAGAACACACAUUUCUAUUCAAAAUACCAGUGAGUGGCAAUGAUGUCAUCACUCCAGAUCCUGACCAUUGGAUGGGUGAUGGAAAUGAACAGCAGCGUUACAAUUACGUAAAGAUGCCUUACUCAUCUGACAAUGUCAUGAUCGUGCACGGGGGUGGUGCCCAUGUGGACAGCAAGCAUGAAAGUCACAAUCGGUAUAGUCAUUCAGAAAAAGUGAUGAGAUGGCAAGUGAUCAAGUCCUCCCUUGAGAAACUUCGAAACAUCUUCAUUAAGAGUUCCAGGGACAUAGAGGAUGCAAUUCAGACGUACCACAAACAGUCACACGACUACACAACUCUGCACGAUUACUGUGAUGAGGCAAUUUACUUUUUGCUAUAA